CGUGACGUAGGCGGAAGUGGCGUCGCAGCACCGGACAUGGGGCGGGGCGUGCCCUGAGCGAGCUUCCUAAAGUGAAAGGAUAAGGCCGGUGCCCCUUGCGAUGGAGACGGUUACUUCAGAUAGCUCCCCUGCUCUGGAAAAUGAGCAUCCUCAAGAGACCCCGGAAUCGAACAAUAGCGUGUAUACUUCCUUCAUGAAGUCUCAUCGCUGCUAUGACCUGAUUCCCACAAGCUCCAAAUUGGUUGUAUUUGAUACUUCCUUGCAGGUGAAGAAAGCUUUCUUUGCUUUGGUAACUAAUGGUGUACGUGCUGCCCCAUUGUGGGAUAGUAAGAAGCAAAGUUUUGUGGGUAUGCUGACUAUCACAGAUUUCAUCAAUAUCUUACAUCGCUACUAUAAGUCAGCCUUGGUACAGAUCUAUGAGCUAGAAGAACACAAAAUAGAAACCUGGAGAGAGGUGUACCUACAGGACUCCUUUAAGCCACUUGUCUGUAUUUCUCCAAAUGCUAGCUUGUUUGAUGCUGUCUCUUCAUUAAUUCAAAACAAGAUCCACAGGCUGCCAGUUAUUGACCCAGAAUCAGGCAAUACCUUGUACAUUCUUACUCACAAGCGCAUCCUGAAGUUCCUCAAAUUGUUUAUCACUGAGUUCCCCAAGCCAGAGUUCAUGUCUAAGUCUUUGGAAGAGUUGCAGAUUGGCACCUAUGCCAAUAUUGCUAUGGUCCGUACUACCACCCCCGUAUAUGUGGCUCUGGGUAUCUUUGUACAGCAUCGAGUCUCAGCCCUGCCUGUGGUGGAUGAGAAAGGGCGUGUGGUGGACAUCUACUCCAAGUUUGAUGUUAUCAAUCUGGCAGCAGAAAAGACCUACAACAACCUGGAUGUGUCUGUGACCAAAGCUCUCCAACAUCGAUCACACUAUUUUGAGGGUGUUCUCAAGUGCUACCUACAUGAAACUCUAGAGACCAUCAUCAACAGGCUGGUGGAAGCAGAGGUUCACCGACUUGUAGUAGUGGAUGAGAAUGAUGUGGUCAAGGGAAUUGUAUCACUAUCUGACAUCCUGCAGGCCCUGGUGCUCACAGGUGGAGAGAAGAAGCCCUAGCAGGACGAAGGAGUUGGGCAGCAUCAGGGGAUAUGCUUCACUUGCUGCCUGAUAAAAGCUGUAGGAAUCAGAUGAAACCUUAGGAGAACUGACUGUUCCCUACUCAGAGUCCCCUGCCCUCUGUCUGAAAGCUAGAGGAGGCAUGAGGAGAAGGGGAAAGGAUUUUAGCCGCCCUUACCCUCACAUGUAUAUUUGAGAAAAUCUUUCAGCCUAGCCAAUCCCAGCUCCUGUCUUAGACAUAGCCCCCUGUUGGGUAUAAAAUGGGCUCUGUGCUCCUCAGGCAAAUACUGAUCUCUGAGAGAUCCCUAGACCUCACCCUUCCUUUGCCUCUGUCUCUGCUCUGACUCUAUCCUAAGAUAAUAGCACAACCAAACUCUUCAUAUUUUUAUUCUUCCUAGUUCAUGCUGUAUGGAGGAGGCUGUGUCCAUUUAGUGUCAUUUCUUCCAGUGAUCUGAGUGGGGAGUAUUGUGGGGAGGAAGGCUUUUGGUUCUUGUGCUGUAAGCGUAUGAAGGAAGAUGGUUAAGUGGUGGAGGAGGUCAGAGUGGAUAGCAAAGGUUAUUGCUUUUCAUGGCAAAGCUGAUUAAAUGACAAGAAUCUCA